UAUCGAUUGAACAUUGAAGAAAAAAAUAACCAAUAAUUUCACAAAUUAUCUAAAAUCUUCAAAAAUGCAGUCAUUCCUUCCAGCUGCGGCUAUUAUUUUAGCAUUUGCCACCUUGGCGAAUGGGGCCUCAUCUUCAAACACCGAGGUUUCCUUCGCACGACUUCCCACGACCUAUUAUCUCCAAUUUAUACUCGCCAAUUCGCUCGAAAUGGGAGAAACGUGUUCCUGGAGUGACGAAUCCGUCCGUCAAUCUGGUCUCCGUCAGAUGAGAAAGUUUCCCAGAAAGAGCAUGCCAUACUGGCAGGCAUUCGACGCCUUGGUGUCCAGCACGGUGCAAAAAGGGAGGACUUACUGCAACGCGACAGAAAUGCUGGUUUGUGAUAAAGAAAUGGAAAAAUGCGUUUGUGGGGAGCACGCUUCUCAGGCCUAUCUUGGAGCAAAGUAUAGCCCAAGCAAGUACACACCCGAACUAGAUGACGAGACUGGGUCAAAAGUAUGUCGCUGGUCACGAGGGGCCGCAUGUAUUGACCGUGAAGCCUCCACGGAUGGUUCUUUCGUCCCAAAAUGUGCUCAAGGCCUGGGUUGUACGUACACCAAGGAUGGUACCCCUUGCACGAGUACAUCACCAUAUCAAUAUUUGCUUGAAUCUCUGCAAAAUAAUGCAACCUACGCCGAGUACAACGAAGGGGCUCUGACCGGGAAGAUGUGCCAGUGUACGAAAGAUGAUAAUGCAAAAGCGGAUGACACGAGCAACAAUUGGAAUCGACGAUUUAAAAGGAGCCUGAAUGGAGAUGUGUAUGCACAAGCAGAGGCUGCAUUGUUGUCGGGAGGGAUGGAACUGCACUAAUUUUGGGUAUAAUAUCGAGAUUUGUGCCAGUAUGUAAAUAGAUCAGUGCAAAAUUGAUAAAAUAAGUAAAUAUCAUAUGUAGGUAUUGUAACCUGAGUGAGUCUUUACACCUGAACUUAUGUGAAUGCGUCGCACAAAAAUAAAAUACACGAUAAUAUACAUACAUACUUACAUAGGUAUAUGUACAAUUCUUGAACGUAUUUCUAUAUUUAAUUUCAUUACAAAAGCUUGUGCUAUUGAAAUAAAUACGUCUUCUUGUUAUG